CAGACCUGAAGAGCCAUGAAGACUCUGAGCCUCCUGAGCGUCUGCGCUCUGCUGUCUGUCUGCGCAUCUAUGGGAGUGUACACAUACCCCUAAUCAACCUACAAACCAACAGCCGAACUUCCUCCCACCGGAGCUCCAGCUGACUCUGACUCUUCCUCUGCAUCCUCAUCUGCCUCAGACUCCGACUCCGCUUCCUCUGAGUCCGACUCCACAUCCGACUCCACAUCCGACUCCACAUCAGAUUCCGCCUCAGAUUCCGCCUCAGAUUCUUCAUCUUCCUCGUCUGAAUCAAACUCCGUCAGCGCUGAAGGAACUCCUGCCCCUCACGUGCUGCUGAAGAGAGAUGUGGCAGCUUCACUGCUGCGCCACCGGAGAGCCGGAGCUCCUGCGGCCAAACUGAGCCCUCAGCAGCUGGAGAGUUUGCGAGAGGUGUGUGAAGUGAAUCUGGACUGUGAACACAUGGCUGAAACCACCGGGAUCAUAGCAGCUUAUACGGCAUAUUAUGGACCAAUCCCAUACUAACACACACACACACACACACACACACACACACACACUCACACACACACACACACACACACACACACGUUUACUUAGCUAUCUAAAUGG